GUUGUCCGGGAGGGAAAAAUCCGCGUCGGGCUGAGUCGAAGCAGAGGCCCACAGUGCAACGAUGGUGGAUGACCCUACCGCACAAUCUCUGAACCUUUGAACUCGCGAUAAAACUCUUGAUCGAAGCCCACUAGUCCAAAGCGAACUCCUGCGUGAUCGGAACGAUGCAGCCUUCUGUAAACAAUGCACGCUACAUUCUCGAGCUCGAAAGGAACGCGCUCCUACAAGAAAAAUAUGGCUUCGAUGAAAAAUAUGGCACGUUUUCCUUCGCAUUUCUCACAAGUUUGGAAACGUUCGCCCUCUUGGCUUACUUAUACAUCGCAACAGUUUUGAUUUAUCACAAGGAAACCAGAACGAAAACCAAUUUUAUUGUUAGUGUUUGGGCCGCUAUAAAUUUCGCCGUGUUGCUGGAAAAACUAUCAAGAGAAUUUGGGGCUAUUAUCGGAGAUGACUUCCCCAUUAGCAAAGACGCCGCUUUGGUAUCGCAGAUUAUUUCUGGACUGGGUAGGUCGUACGGGAGUUCGCUCAUGCUGGCGUGGCUGUUUUCGAGGUAUUUAGGGCCGCUCAAGCCCAAAUGUGACAUCUUCGUGUAUUUCCUUAUGGCGGUGCCGGCUCUGGUAUGUUCGUUUUAUGUGUAUUACUACUUCGCGAUAAAUAAAUUCAUAUACGAAGUGUACGGACCGGGCAGCGACGUCGUCAAUGUGGCCGUUUAUAUUCUAGUCGGGUUGGUUUUCGUCCUGUGCAAAAUUUUCCUCGAUGAGGUCCAGGACACGUCCAAUUACGCUUUGAUGAUUUCACUCGUCAAUUUAAUUACCAAUUUCCCGAUAUGUUUAAUCACGAUUUAUUUACGGUUCAAUUUAGAUAUCAGCUGGGCGGAUCGAUUUCACGUUUAUUUCGUUGAUUUCUUUGUUAACGCGCUGAGUUUUAGCAGCGCUUUUGCGGUUUUGUUCAUAAUCAUGUUGUACAACGAGCGAGUGAGGCAGAGUUUUUUCAUGAGGAAAAACAAGAAGGUGGUGGCGGGGCCGGAUCCCGAGCUUGUUAGAAUGACAGACGACUACUAAUGAUGGUCAAAAUGAACUUUGUUAACUUUUGUUGCUUGAAAAAUUAACAAAAAGUGUAUUGGUAAUGUAAAGGUUGUGUUGUUCAUGAAUAUGUAUUUAUUGUUACAUAUUUUCUUUGAAAUUAAGCUCAAACAAAAGAUAUUGUUAAUAAAUUUUUUUCAGCGGGUUUAAUGACUUGUACAAGUAGUUGUCUGUGAUAUUUUCUACGUAAAGUUUAUAGCAAAUUUAGAAUAGAGUGGCGAACUUGAUCUAAAUUGUAUAACACUUCCACGUUUGUUAAAUUACUAACUUAUUCAGUAAAUUUUUUAAAUAAUAAA